CUUACAGCAUGCCACGCCGCCAAAGUCUCAAACGCCAACAGUGUCGCCGAUCGCCAGCUGAUGUGUUAUGUUUGUGAAGAUUGUGCCAAGGUCACAAAAGAAACACCACUCGAGGCAUGCGACGCUGCAUAUUUCGAGAAAGUCAGUACAACAGAGGAGCCCACCGCUGAUCCAACCACAACGACGACGACGACGACCUCAACUGAGACAUCAACGGAGAGUAGCACAACAACAGAGCUGAGUACCACCACCAGCGUUGAGACAACCACAGCGGGCUCCACUACCGAGGCCAUACCGGCACCAUCCACAGUCGGCCCAGCGCCAACCACCACCACAGUACCCACACCACCAACAGUAGGCUCAGCCGUUGCGGAAGCAGAGGAAGUGGAUGCCGAUAAUGCCACCACCACCACCGAGAAUGCAUUGAAUGCAACCACCACCACUGAGAAUGCAUUGAAUGCAACCACCACCACUGGUGCGCCACAAGCGUUGCCAUAUGUUGCCGAUGACUACUCCUAUCACUGCUUCAGCGUACAAAAGAUGGUUAACGGUACUGCGUCGUUGGACCGCGGCUGUUCGCGCGUCACCACCAUGGAGAGCGUUUGUGGUCAGCUGCGUGCGUUGAACAAUGGCACACAGCUGAGCAAAUGCAUACCCUGCUCGAAUUCCAAUUGCAAUGGUAGCAGCGCGCUGGGCGUGUCUGUGGCGGCGUUGAUGUUUACGCUGGUUGCAGCGCUGCUAAGUCGACAAUAAGGCGCUGGAAUGGAAUGUCACAUAAUCUCUCUGGCCUGCGAUUGCAGCCAACUUGCAAUUACCGUCAGUUGUUUUGUUUCUGCAAGUUCUGUUAUUUUGUGUGGACGUUUGUUCAUGUUGAAGCCAAAAACCAUAUACGAAUGCAGUGAAAUCGCUUACGGGAAAGAGAAUGAGAAGCAACAAAUGGAACGCUUGCAUCUACAUAAGUAGUUUAGUUUACGUUUGGAAUUAAGUAUGAAAGUCAUGAAAAUCGAAAUAUUUUAAUUUACAAUUCUACCAAAACCCUUACUGUGUAUUAUCUCUUGUAAUGUACUUGUACUUAUUAUUUACGUUUGUAUUUAGUUGUUUUGGUUUCGUUCUUAGAUUUAUGUAUUAUUUUUACAAAAUAAAUACGAAGCUAAAGUUA